GUUGUCGUUGACUACAUUUAUCUAAAGCACUGUCAUUGAGAAACAUGGCCGCCUCCGCGGGAGCUGCACACUCCGCUGCCUCCGACUCACAAGGUCCUGCUUCGGCUGGUCCGAGUCUGGACAACCCAACGAUUCAGUACAGUAUGAUCCUGGACCAUCUUAUCGGGGACAAGAAGCCCGUAAAAGAUCUGAACCCCGCCGUUAUGGGUGGGCUGCCGGUGCCUCCCAAAAGCGAGGAGCAGAAGAUGAUCGAGAGGGGAAUGGAGAGCUGCGCCUUCAAGUCUGCUCUGGCCUGUGUGGGGGGGUUUGUUCUGGGAGGAGCUUUUGGUAUUUUCACAGCUGGCAUCGAUACCAAUGUUGGCUUUGACCCCAAAGACCCCCUGAGAACUCCAACAGCACGAGAAGUCCUCAAAGACAUGGGCCAGAGGGGGAUGUCCUACGCCAAGAACUUUGCCAUCGUAGGCGCCAUGUUCUCCUGUACAGAGUGCAUCAUAGAAUCACACCGAGGCAAAUCUGACUGGAAGAACGCGGUGUACAGUGGUUGUGUAACUGGAGGAGCGAUCGGAUUUCGUGCUGGUCUGAAGGCUGGGGUCCUGGGAUGUGGAGGCUUUGCUGCAUUCUCUGCUGCAAUUGAAUAUUAUUUGCGGUGAACCACUAAAGAGUGGCUCUGUGGACAAGAACUUAAUCCAUGCACAUCUGGGUGAGCCUGUAAAAGACUCAAGCAGUGAGAAACCUAACUUUGUGAAUAUUUGCCUGCACAUGGACGAUUGCUGCAAAAGCAGAACGGAUGUAUUUGGUGAAAGCGACAGGUGCCUGUUUGUGCACAGUGAUGCCACAGUGAACUAAAAAAGACCUGUCUGAAUGUUCCUCUCAUGUCUCAUCACUUUUAUCUUGUGGACAGUUUGAGCAAAGCAAACCAACUUCAUAUGGAGAAUAGAGAGACUUAGAAGAGUGGGUCCCCUUCUGUGUCAGAGGUAUGAUGAUGAAAUGAAAAUGUUGAACACAAAUCACUUUCACACUGAGUCACGACCGCCUCAAAUCAGACUCAGAUAAACACUGUUCUUGUUGCAGAACAUUGGUGUGAUGUGUCAGUAACCAAUCCAUAUCAGCUGUCAUUAAAGCUGUUAUUUGUUAA